AUGGCCAUCGCGCUCCAGGCCCACGACCAGAUCGAUCCGUGCUCGAUUUGGGUCGGACACCUGGCCCCGGGAACGACCGAGGCUGCCCUGCGCUCCAUCCUGUGCGAGUACGGCCGCGUCAUCGACAUCCAGGUCUUCCAGUCGUUUGCUUUUGUCCGCUUCAACACGAGCAGGGCGGCCGACCAGGCCAUCGAGCGCGAGAAUGGUCGAGUCGUCCGCGGCAACGCCAUCCAGGUGCAGCACAAGGUUCGUCGCACGACGACCAAACCGCGCGGCGCCCAGACCCGCCCCGCUCCUCAGUUCAGGCCCUCGCAGGCUAGCGGCCACCGCGCCCCUUCGGGCCAGGGCGUAGGUUCAAGCCGCUCUGGCGACGGCAGCAUCUCGCCGAUCGGUGCAAAGGCAGGCUCGUCGACGCUGCGCUGGGGCGAGACAACGGCUGUGCACGAGCGUCUGCCCAGCAGCGGCCAGAAGCGUGGCGGAGGCCAUCACCGCCCUCUGCCCCGAGAAGCUCGUCUCAGCCCCAAAGAAGAGGCGGGACCGGCAGCAAGGCAGCUCUCGCACGCGUCGCCGAGGGCUGGCGUCGGUGAUGCGGUCGUGUCCACCUGCGGCCCGCCCUCCCAGCCGCCGUGGUCGGUGCACGCGCCGAUCGGCCACCCGUACAUGAUCGCGAUGUCGCCGCCGCCGCCGUACGGCAUGCCCUGGCCGCCCACACCCGCGGCGCCGUGGCAGUAUCAGACUGCGGUCCGCGGUCCCGGUCCCGGUCCCGGUCCCGGUCCAGGCCCAAGCUCAGGUCCCUUUCCGCCGUCGUACCCGGGCCUCUACUGGCAGCAGAUGCCUCCGCAGCCGGGCUUCUAUCCGAUGCCGGGUCCGCCGGGCGUGCCAGGCCCACCACCUGGAAUGCCGCCGAUGCUACCGAUGCCGAGCUACCCGCCGGCUCGCCGCGACGAGCGCGUUCGUCCUCACGAUGGCACAGACAGCGGUGCCACCACCUCUCCGCAUGCCCUGCAUUCGCAGCGACACUCGUCGCCUCCUUUGAGCUUGCCCGAGCAGCAAGAGGAGCCGCAGGAGCCGCAGGAACGUGCCACCACCGAGUCAGGAGCCAACAGCAGCAGCGAGGGCUACAACGUCUACGACCUGCUCAACCCCGACAACAACACCGACACUGACCGCCAGCAGUCGAGCGACGGCACCUCGCCCUUUCCCUUCUGGCAGUAUGGCGACAUCGUUUCCUAUGGGCCGGGUCACAUUCCGCAGAUCGAGAUCCCAGCCUACGCCGCCGACUACUAA